AUGACAACGACAAAUGAUAAUGAUGCUUCCACCACAUCCGACAAAACCAAAGACAACAGCAAAAGCAAAAAUCCAGCAGCCAAGGUUACCUAUCGCAAGGCUCGGGCAGAGGAUCUACCCAGUAUUGCCGCCUUGUUGGAACGAUCCUUUCCAGGUGACGAGAACGAAAAAGGCGAAGAGGAGGAAGAGUCGACGCCGCCUCCAUCAUCAUCAUCAUCAUCAUCAUCAUCUGACUUUUGGAGCUGGACCAAGAAUCCCUUUUUUUCUUCUUCUUCUUCUUCUUCUUUGCAAGAAAAAGAAAACGAAAAACAGCAGCCAACAGCAGCAGUAGUAGCAGUAGAAGAUGAAACUCAAAGGCUCAUUCAAAUGUUGCAACAACGAUUGACACUUCCACAACAUGUUUUAAUAGUGGCAGUUGUUGUGGUCGCAGAUCCUUCUUCUUCUUCAUCAUCUGAUAAUGAUAAUGAUAGCAACAACUAUUACAACAAGGUGGUGGGAUUCAUGGAGUUGGGAACCAUGCCCGCACCCAUUUCCAUUCAUGUCCCCGUAAACAUACCAUCACGACGACCAGGAAUUGUGAAUGGUAUCAACAACAACAACAACAAUGAGGAUCAAGAAUUCGUGGCGGUCCGUCCCGAGCGACCCUACUUGGCCAACUUGGCCGUGGAUCCAGACUAUAGGAGACAACAAAUGGGAUCCAAAUUGGUACAAUUGGCAAUCAAGGUGGCGACUCAAUGGGAGUCCGCCAAGGCGAAUGCUGCUGGUGUCAACUUUUACUUUCAUCCAUCAUCAUCGUCACCAUCAUCGCCAUCAUCAUCAUCAUCGUCAUCCAAAGAAGGUUACAAUAAUGAUUCGAAUGACGACAACAACGACAAUAGUACUAGAUUGCUGCUGAAAUUAUCCACCUUGUACUUGUCGGUGGAUUGUGACAAUGAGGGUGCAAUUGCCUUUUACAAACGGCUGCAAUUCACUACCGUAUUGGACGAAGCACAACAGCAACUAGACGAACAACUAAAACAACAACAACAAGCGAACAAUAAGCAACGGCGAACACCAAAGCUCUACUUGGAAAAGGAACUGAUACUAGAUAUCAACACCGUAGAUAGCUAG